CAUCACAAUGACACGUGUCUUCAAGAUGGCUGCUGCUACUAUGGAGAUGUGCGUGGCCUUGCUGCUGUUGUCCAUGUUGCCUGUUGUCCUGCCAUUUUAUGUACCUGGGGUUGCUCCUCGUGACUUCCGUAAUGGUGAGCCAGUCGAUAUUAAGGCAGUGAAGCUGACCAGCUCUCGCACACAGCUCCCUUAUGAGUACUACUCAUUGCCUUUCUGUAAACCAGCUGCUGUUAACUACAAAGCAGAAAACUUGGGUGAGGUGUUACGCGGGGACCGUAUUGUGAACACACUCUACAAUGUAGCAAUGAACCAGAAUAAAAAAUGUGAGAUGGUGUGCGACAGGAGAAUGCUCAGCAUUAAAGAAAGUAAGCUGAUUGCUGAGCGGAUCCAGGAGGAGUAUUAUGUUCACCUUAUUGCAGAUAACUUGCCAGUUGCCUCGAGGUUAGAGAUUCUCUCCAACAGAGAGGCAGGAGGAGAGGAGGACCAGAAGAAAGACUUGGAGAAAGAGAUCCAGUUUGAACAUGGCUACAGACUUGGCUUUGUAGACAACAACAAGUUUUAUCUGCACAACCACCUGUCCUUCAUCCUGUACUUCCACAGAGAGAAGAUGGAGGAGAGUGACGAGCAUGACUACAGGGUGGUCCGAUUUGAGGUCACACCUCAAAGUGUAAAAGUUGAUGAUCUGAAGCCUAAUGAAAAGGAUAAGACUUGCACGUUGCCUGACGCCAGUGGCUCUGCUGCACAGGAGAUUGACCCAACCAAGGAGAAUGAAGUUCUCCUUACAUAUUCUGUCCGCUGGGAGGAAAGUGAGGUGAAGUGGGCCUCUCGAUGGGACACAUACCUAACCAUGAGUGAUGUCCAGAUUCACUGGUUCUCCAUUGUCAACUCUGUGGUGGUCGUCUUCUUUCUCUCUGGUAUACUGAGUAUGAUCAUUAUCAGGACUUUGAGAAAGGACAUUGCCAACUACAACAGAGAAGAUGACAUAGAGGACACCAUGGAGGAAUCAGGAUGGAAGAAUGUUCAUGGGGAUGUCUUUAGGCCACCUCAGUAUCCCAUGAUCCUCAGCUCUCUCCUGGGUUCAGGGAUCCAACUCUUUUGCAUGGUCCUUAUUGUUAUCUUUGUUGCCAUGUUGGGGAUGUUGUCUCCAUCCAGCAGAGGAGCCUUGAUGACCACUGCUUGUUUCCUCUUCAUGUUUAUGGGUGUAUUCGGUGGCUUCUUUGCUGGUAGAUUGUACCGCACAUUAAAAGGACAUCGGUGGAGGAAAGGAGCAUUUUGUACAGCAACCUUGUAUCCUGCAAUGGUUUUUGGAAUCUGCUUCAUCCUCAACUGUUUCAUCUGGGGAGAACAUUCCUCUGGUGCAGUUCCUUUCACCACAAUGCUGGCCCUGUUGUGUAUGUGGUUCGGUAUCUCUAUGCCCUUGGUCUAUCUGGGCUAUUACUUUGGGUUCCGAAAACAGCCAUAUGACAACCCAGUACGCACCAAUCAGAUCCCUCGGCAGGUCCCAGAGCAGCGGUGGUACAUGAAUAAGUUUGUUGGAAUCCUAAUGGCCGGAGAUCUGCCGUUUGGUGUGUUCAUAGAGCUGUUCUUCAUUUUUAGUGCCAUCUGGGAGAAUCAAUUUUAUUACCUCUUUGGGUUCCUGUUUCUGGUUUUUAUCAUUUUGGUGGUCUCCUGCUCGCAGAUCAGUAUUGUCAUGGUGUAUUUCCAGCUCUGUGCAGAAGGUUACCGGUGGUGGUGGAGAACCUUCCUGGUGUCUGGAGGCUGCUUCUAUGUUCUUGUUUAUGCCGUCUUCUACUUUGUCAACAAGUUGGACAUAGUGGAGUUCAUUCCUUCUCUCUUGUACUUUGGCUACACGAUGCUGAUGGUCCUGUCCUUUUGGCUGCUAACCGGCACGAUUGGAUUCUAUGCAGCAUACAUGUUCAUCAGGAAAAUCUAUGCUGCAGUCAAGAUUGACUGAGCCCCGCUGAUGCUGCUGGGUUUUUUUGUUGUUGUUGUUUUUGGGCCACAUCCUUGUUUUGUUUUUGCUUCCUUUUUUUUUUAAAAUAUAUAUAUUGAUUCUUUAUGUCCAGCAAGCACUGACUUUUGUGUAGAAGAGAGGUGGGCUUUUUUUAAUGGUGCACCAGCACCACCUACAGGCCUCAUGGGGAAGAGCAGCAAGGUGCCGUGAUGCCUUUUGCUGUUGGAUUUUUCUCUCUCCCGUUCUUUUUACAGGACUGAGACACAGAAUGAAUCUUGUCUGAUGGGACAUUUUAUGUGUUCCUGGUGUUUCUCUUCACAGCACGGUGGGCCAAAGCUUGUCAAAUGAUGGGAUCUGCACUUUUUUUUCCUUUUGUCUUUACAUUUAUGUUCUGAGAAGAGCUAGGCUAAUUUAUCCGGGUUUUUGUCAUCGCAGGAUUUAUCAUUUGCUGUUUGGGAAUUUAUAGGUGUGGAGAGCUCGGGGUUGUCUGAUUCAGAUGGUUAUACUGUGUGUGUGUGUGUGUGUGUGUGUGUGUGUGUGUGUGUGUGUGUGUGUGUGUGUGUCAUGUGAAAGUUAGACCCCUGUAUGAAAAUGACUCAGAGAAAUUCUGCACUAAAGACAACUGCCCCCCUCCCUCCCAUUUGCCCAUAGUAGCCAUGGUUCCAAACAAAAUAUAAACUUCCUUCCACAAACAUUGUCUCACUUAAUGCAAAAUAUUGGUCCACAGAGAGCAGCACAGAGAUGUAAUUAAAAUGUAAAUGUGUAGACCGGAGCCCGUCUGCCACCUGGUUGAGGGGAGAAGAGUGCACAACACAAUCAAGACGGUGGUGAUUUUGCUCUGCUGCUGCCACGCGCACAUGGACGGAGCGUUUCCAGGAGUCACUUUUGAAAGUGUAAAUGUUUUUUUUUUUUUUUAUUCUCUCACCGUGCCGUCAGUGUAGUCUUAGCAGUGCUGCCAGCUGCAGAACUAUGCAGUUAUGGAAAGAGUUGCACUACCGGCUGAUGCCUCAUUUCAGAGAGAAAUUUAAGUUUGAAUCCUAUUUAAAUUUUAUGUCUGUGUAAAAAAAUUUUUUGAAUGACUGCAGGAGCAGCAGUUGCAGCAGACGUCAGUUUGAUUGUGUUUGGGUUGUCCAGAAUGCAGCAAAUGUAGGUGUGAACUCAGUACAGCUGUACAGCAGAGACUGUACAAGACCAGCAAUUUUAGAAUGUGUUUCUGGAUGCUGAUUAGAAUGUUGGCUGGAGAAACAUCUCGGGUUGAGGAUGCAGAUGGGAGCCAAAAGCUCAUCCCCACAAAAACUAGCAGUAUAUCACAUCACUCAAUGUGAACACUGACAAGAGAACUUCAACUCGUUUGAAAUGUACAACACAGUACAAUGAAUAUUUGUGCAAGUUCUAUCAAUAAUAAAACAACAAAUUGUGCCAAAUCACACAUAAGGUGACUCUUUGGCUCCAAAGAAGGCUGCAGGAAAAUGCACAGUCCUGUAUGCAUUUCAUAAUGUCGUCAAGUUUUAUUUUUUCAUGAUCAGCUUGAUCCGUUUUUAGCAGUAGGCCUUUUUGCACAUCUCAAUAGGGGAUUUGUCAGGACAGCACUGCACAGACUAGGGUUAUGGAUUCCUCUGUGGACCAUGAUUUUACAGGGCUUGAACUUCUCACUUUACUGUGACUUUUCUCAUAAUUUAAGGGCCUCUCGUUCAUAGUUUCAAAACCAGCAAACUUGGUUUUGAAGGAAACUUGGUUUUGUGUCCCACCUACCCUGAUUACUGUCACCUGCUAAAUGUUAGUGUAUUUGUUCAACCACUAGGUGGCAGUAAGUGUUAUCAAAAUUUACAACUUGUAACAUUUUGUAGACAACCUAGCAGUGUCUACUUUGAAAAAGUUUCUACUGUGUAGCUUAUAGCAGCAGGUUUAAAUACUCGAUAUGAAGGCUAUCUGUGAAUUAUUCACUGAGAUCUAGCUCCAGAUGGACUGGCAUGCAAAUGGUUCUAAUAUAUCAUCCACAUGAUUAUGUUCAGGAGCGCAAUGGAUGUUGAUGCCGUUGGGGUGUAAAAGCACGAUUUGUUUGAAAUUUUUUGAAUGUGUCCCUUUAAGUUUUUGUGAUGUUAAAGUCAAAAUAUAUAAACCGCUUCUGUCACUGUCUACUGUACAGAUGUGCUUGCAUUUGGCGGGACUUAAUGAUACCAACCAUGUUUAUUUUCCCAUUCCAUCAGGCGCGCUUUAUGAUUGUCUGGAAUUAGACUCUGAGCUCUGAAACCUGGCUGCUGCCUUAUGUAAAGACAGAUUUCCUCUCCGGCUGUUGAAGUGCACGUGCCAGGGGAGAUUUUUUUUUUUUUUUUAAUUUCUUAAUAGACCGACUUUUAAAAGGCCCAAGUCAUGCGACUGUGUGUGUAUGAAUGUGGGGUCAGCUGUGUAAAUAUAAUACGACAGCUUUGUGUUGCGUUCUGCUGUUCGUGGCACUCCCUGUAACGAUCCUAUCGUUGUUUUCGCCAGAAGCAUGACGCUCACCAUGACUUUGGUAACUCCUUUCUAUUCCUUUUUUUUCUUUUACAGAAUGUCCACUUAAAAAAAAUGUACAAUAAAACAAAGUGAUGACCAGGUGAA